GCUGCCAAACUGCGCAGAUAUAAAAUGGAGAAAGAUUUGGAAGAUCUUCUCAGUCAAGCAUUUUCUUCUUCCGAAAUGUCCUAUAUGACCUCCUACUCAGAGGAGGAAACAGAUUACAAGCCCUUGAGUAGUCUGGAGGAUGAUGAUGCCUUUGAGAAGCUACCAGCAUUGACAGAGGAGGAUGAAGAGGAAGAAGAACCAGGCAGUCUAUCUCAUAAUGUCAAGACAGACAGAGAACAGAAUUGGAGAAAUGCUGACAUCACCCACAACAAGGGGGGAGAGAUUAGCACCUUUUCAGAUGACCGGGAGGUGGAGGGAGAAAGUGGAGAUGAGGACAUUGCCAACAACAACCCCAAGCAAGAGGAAGAGGAGGAGGAGGAAAGUGACAGUGGGAGAUGUCUUUCAGUCCACCAAUGGGAAGAUGAAUGGGCUUUGUCUUUGGUCCCAAAUAGGAAGCCCUUAGAAGAAGAAGGCCUGGGUGAAAACAUUCAGAAUGAUAGUGAAGACCUGCCUGCUUUCUUUGAUAAACCUGAUGAAGCAGCCCCUGAAGAGCUUAAUGAAAAUGCUGUUGCUGAUAUUAGCUCUGAAUCGGAGGAGCUGGAAGAGAGUGAAGGCAAAACUGAUUCUUCAGAGGAGGACCAGACAGAGGACUUGGUGGGACCACAGCUAUCCAAAGAACCACUAGUAAUGCCGCAUUUUGAAGGAGACCUGAAUGAAUUUUCUGAGGACUGGGGGGGAGCUGGAGAAGGCUAUGCAGAGUACUUUCCAGACCUAAUGGGGGAGGAAGAGGACAAGGGGGACACUGAAACUGAAGUGAACAUGGGAGAGGACACGUGUGGGGUACGUAAUGACGAGGAAAUGCCUGAUUCCUCAGAUGAGAGUAAAGAAGAUGUAGAGGAGAGCUCAGAGGAAGAUCAGGGGGUUUGUUUCGAUGAGGAAAGAGCCAUAGGGGAGCAGGAAAAGCAAGAAGUAUUGGAUUCUUGCAAUUCAGAUGAUGAACGGGCACUUCCUUUGGAAGAUCUUGGUGAGGAAAGGCUAGAAGGUCAAAGUAAUUUAGAUGGUGUAGAUAGUAGAGAUAUUGAGUUUAUUUCCACAGAUCUCACUCUAGGAGUUCCAGUAGAACCUUUCAGAAUUAUUGUUGAGGAAUAUGAACAUCCAAUAACAACAGAGGAUAACAGAGAGGUUUCUCAAGUGGAUGUUACAGAAGUAGAUAAUUACACAAAUGAAAGUAUCAAACAAACUGAAAUCAUUGAGAGUUCAGGAGAAGAACCAACACUUUUCUUGAACAUUGAAAGUUCAGUGAUCGGUUCCAUUCUGGAUGAUGAAAUGCAGAGUGCCACUAUCAAAAACCAGAGAGAUCCUUGCCAGUUUAAAGAGGUGGAAGAAGAAGAGAAUCAGCAGCACAAGCUCAGAGAUUUGGCUAAGGAUUUGAAUGCCUGUGAUCACACAACAGAUGAGGAAUUCAAGAUGGUCCCAGGGGAUAUCAUGAGAGCUGUAACACAAAGAUCUAACCCUGAAGCUUCUUACCAAGAAGGUGAAGCAGAACUUGAAAAGGUGAAGUCUCAAGAAAGUGAAGUAGAUGAAAAUGAUCAGGAAAAAAUAAGAAUCUUCAUGGCAAAUCCAUCUAGCAUCGAUAAUGUGCCAGUGAGAGUGGCUUUUUCUUUACAUGAACAUGCAGAUGCAGAUGAAGAACUGGAAAGCAGACUUAAUGAGGCACAGAACCCUAAAGAGAUUGAAUAUGAAAAUUGUCUUACAGAAGAUUUCACAUCCAAAGGCUCCAGAAUGAUGCUGGAACCACGGUAUGUGGGCAACUUGACCUUUCAGCCAUUCACAAUAAUGCCACCAUUAGAGGUGAGUGUUGAAAAUGAACCUAAGGAACGUGCAUAUGGGCUUUCAUUAAGGGGCCAAGAUAUUCUAGAAGGCAACAUUGUGGAAGACAUCCAGGCUGGUGCAACAGAUUUUAAUCCUAUGUCUCUGAGGUCCAGUGACUUGGAUAACCUAUGGAAAGAAAGGAAAAUGGAUAUGGUGACUCCCCAAGUGGAUAUGACAUCAUCUGAGGAAGAAAGGGAAAUCUUCCUUGGAAGUGAGCAGAUGACUGCCUACAAAUUACUUAAGACAGAGAUAUAUCCAGAUUGUAAGGAGGAAGCACAGCUCUUCACAACUGCACAGAGCUUUGUGAGUCCCUGGGAGGGUGAUAGAGAAGACACAGAGGAGUAUCAAACUGUUGAGGUGGCACAAGCACUGAAGAAAGAGGAUUUGGAUGAACAUAGAAUCGAGGCUUUCAACAGGUUUUAUGACAGCAACUCAGAUGAUCAAGACAGUACAAAAUUAAAAGAGUCUUCAAACCAGUUUGGCAAAAAGCACACAGUUCGAUUCUGCCUGGAAAAAGAUCCUUCACUUGUUCAUGUGGCAGGGAACACAGACAGCAGCGAUUCUGAUUCCCAAAGCAGUUCGGCUGAUGUGAAAGAAACCCCUCACGGUCAUCUGGUCCAUAGAAUUAAAGGAGAGGCAGAAAGGAUUCGACCCUCUGUGGAGUUUGAGGAUGACAGCGACAGUGAAGACUUCUCUGAAAGACGCGCACAUCUUUUGCAUCAGAGUCGAGCUAAGGAGGAGGAACUGAACGGCAGUAGCAGGGAUCUGAAAGCCCAACGCAGAGCCCAAAAGUCUCCCAGUGUGCUGUGGACAUUGCUAAGGAUCUCUCUGGUGAUAGCCUUGGGGGUCCUGAUCUUUUGGUGGACUGCUGACCAACUGGACUGGGCAUCCUUCGAGGACCUCUUUAACAGCUAGAGAAGAGUGCAGCAGAAAUCCCCUAAGCUGAUAAUGUAGACUUCCGUGCUCAGGCCAGUCAAUUCGAUUUGACUAAUUCAUUUUCUUUUCACUUUGAAUUCAGCCACUAGUGGAGUAACCUUCUCAAACUGCAUCUUUAUCUUUAUAAUUAUGUCAUUAAAAAAAAAGCAUUGCAGAGGCAAAUUUAUCAUGUUAUAUCACCAGUUAUCAUACCUAAACUGUCUUGUUGUACGUUCUUGCUUUUAUACAGUGCUAGUCCCGAUUGUUCCUUCAAAUGACUUAAAAUAUUUCCAAGCCACAGUACAGAACAGCGCAAGUAGCAAGGGCAGUGAAUGAGUAAGAAAUAGAAUAAGAAGGAUUUAAGGAUUGUCUUCUGUAGUCCUUUGAUAACUCACUAAAAUAACUCAUUAUUUUUAUAUCAAGGUAAAAAAAUCUAGAUGCUUAAUGUUUUUAGAUUUUACAAAUAAGACCUUAGUGGGAAUAUUGGUUAAAUUAUUUCUAUAAGUAUUUUUUGCAGCCUAGUUAUUUGUAUUCUACUUUCUGUUCUGUUAACAGAUCAUCAAUGAGAUUGGUAUAAUAUGGAGAAGGAGACAAAUUUUAAUGGAACCCCAUUUUCAAAUAAGGUUCAAAGCAAGCAGUGGCAAUUAAAUUUCUUUUGAGGGGAAAUUGGGUGUGCCUCAAAUUAUUUUAGAUGUACAGUAGCACAAAGCAGGACAUGAAUGCAAGUCCGAAUGAGAUGAGGAGGGAGCAGCUAUGAGCCUAAUAUUAGAUAGUGUUGCUUUGUGUUUAGAGGAAGGGUGGAGUAUGCAGCUCUUUUACAGCUCACAUGCGUAUCUCUCAGCUUUUGCUUUGCUAAAACCAAAGCGAUGAGGGGAAACUUUUUAUCACUUACCAACUUACAAGCUAAGCAUGCAAGAGAGCAAAAUGCUGUAAUCUAGUUGCCAGACAGUGUUUUUGCAGUAUCCCCUGAGAUGUAAUUCUCAAACAAAUUAGGUGCGCAGUGUACACAUACAGUAGCUCCAGCCCUAUCAGGGCCAUGGGUUAAUUUCCACAAGUUCAACACAUCAGGUUUGUCACAGCAUUUACGUAUGAAAAUAUGACUUGUAAAAAGUAUCUGCAAAAUCCAGGGUCCACACCCAGUUUUUUUGUGUGUGUGGAGCUCAGUAUCACAUGAAGAACCCAGAUGAGUGUGGCUUGCACAUCACAGAGUGAGAGAAAGAGAACGAAUCUAGUACUAGAUCAGAGACUUUCUAAUUGUCGCUUAAAAGGAAAACUCAAAAACUGAAUAUUUUCCAUCCAAGAUCUGAUGUCUAAUACUCACUGAAUUAUUUCUACCUUAAUGGCUUUAUCUCAGUUCUUAGUGUUUUAAGUUGUAUUAUCUCAAAUAAGCUUGAUUUAUAAUCCUAAAUGCAUUAUUUUUGUAUAAUGAAAAAAACGGAAGAAAAAUAAAUCUUUUUGUUAUGACUCAU